UUGAACGUUCGCUAAAGGGAACACGCAGAGACGUUGGUAAACAUCCUCUGAAACGUUCAUCCAGGACUAAAACAGGACCUGCUGCGAAUGUUUAUAAUGUCCUGUGAAUGUCCUGCAGCGAACGUUAUUAAAAUGCACGAAUAGGGACGUCGCUCGGUUAAUCUAGGGCACCUAAAUUUUUGGGGCGCGGCUUUUUUUCUGAGAACAUUCCAUUUUAGGUAAAAGAGGUUACGUACAGUAAUUACUAAUAAAUUGGGCAUGUAAACAUUUAUAGUGUCUAUAUCUUAAGCUGCAGCUUUUCCCCAAGCGUCUGGUGUUUUUCGUAAAACCCCGUAUGUAUGUACACAUCAGUAUGGGGUACAACACGAUGAUCACCAUAUUAAUAUGUGGCCGCGCUUAAUUUUCUCGUUGCUUCUCGUUAUUAAGUCGUGAACGCGUAUUAGUAUCUCGUUUCCAUACAUUAAGAAGUUGUGGCCAUGCAUUAUUUUUUAUCAAGCAAGGGUAUCACAACCGCGGCUCCGUAGGAACAUAGUGAGGUAUCAGGAAUGUUUUUCUUGCGUCUCCAACCUCCAGCACAGUUAGUGGCGGUAUUGCACCAUCACGAUGGAUUUCCAACCACUGUUAAGUUACAGAAGAAGCAGCAGGACCCUUGCGUUUGUGUUUUGUUUUCCAGCCGAUAUGAUUUAGUGACGGACUGUCACCGGCGGGCAGUUGUUUUAGCAAGGAAAACAAACCAACCAACCAACAAACAAAAACUAUGAAGUUUUCAUCCUGGUUUUAACAAUUUACCAUAUUUCAAUCUUGUGUACGUUGUUGGAGUGUUUUUUUUAAUAAUGGAGAAGAGUAAUCAGAGCUUUUGCAGUGAGGGAUGUAGUGACCCAUCCAACCUUGUUUCAGAAGAUGGAAAAAAUACGAAAGCAGUGGUAUGCCAGCGUUGUGGAUCAAAAGUGCUCUGCCCAGGCAUGGCUGUAUUUGCAGAAAAGCAGCUUUUUCUACCUUCAAUGCAAAAGAACAACAACUUUAACCAGUCUGAUGGAACUUUAGACGGAGAUACGUUAACAGCUCACUGGCUGGUGGAUGACAUGUACACCUUUGAGAAUGUUGGCUUCACCAAAGAUGUAGGCAAAAUAAAAUAUCUUAUCUGUGCCGAUUGUGAGAUUGGACCCAUUGGAUGGCACAACCUUGAUGACAAGAAAUGUUUCUACAUAGCACUGGAUCGAGUUAAACAUGUGUAGAGUGCUUAAACUUGUUUUGUACAAGAUCGUGCUACACAACUUGCUUUUUCUUGUUACACAUUUUUGGCGUAGUUUUGAAAAUACCUCCUUGAUCAGUACACUGGGAGUAUUUUUUGAUACUGUAUACUGUUUUGCAUUUUAGCUGCAUUUAAUUUUUCAUUCUUCAUAUUCUGUUCUUUGUUCAUUUUGUUUUAAAUAUGCUUGAUUAAUACCCUGUUUUUCAUUCAUUGAGGACUCUUUUCCUAAUGCUGAUGUACACGAAUUCAGUAAAGUACUUUUAACACAGUCUUGUUAUUAAAGGCAGUCGAACACA